GUGACGCAAGUUCCUAGUUAUGAAUUUACCAUAGAUAGAUAAGAUUAUUUCUGGUAAUUCAACGACUCGUCAGUUUUACCUGCAUAUUUCUGUACAAGUUGUGCUCGACUUGUUUGAAAAUCAACCCAGUUCACUCGCACUUCUGUUUUGUAGUUCGCAAUGGCAGUGGACUGGCUGGGAUUUGCAUACGCCGCAGCGAUCGCGCUGGGAGGCUUUGUGGGAUAUAAAAGAAAAGGAAGUGUGAUGUCAUUAAUUGCUGGACUGUUCUUUGGAAUCUGGUCUGCGUAUGGUGCAUAUAAAAUUACUUAUGACAGUUAUGAUUACUGGACUUCUUUAACUGCUUCUGGUGCACUGGCUGUUGUGAUGGGAAUGAGAUUCAGAAAAUCUGGAAAAUUAAUGCCUGCAGGCAUUAUGACAGCGUUAAGUCUUCUGAUGGUUUUCCGUCUUUUGAUCCUCUAAGAGUGACAUGGACAGACCACAUUGGGACCAUUUGGAAAAAAUGAUGUUUACGCACUAAACAAUGUUCAUGCGGUAGUUGCAAUUAACACUAUUGUCAUUAUGUACAUAAUCUUGUACAUUCCAAAUGUAUUCGUCCUUUUAGUGCUUUAGUUUUAAUAUGUUAGCGUAUGACAGAAAGCUUAUUAAUAUUAAAGUGCAUUUAUGGACGAAAUUACUUUAUCUCCCUGGCAUUUUAUUAAAUACACAACAGAAAGACUAUAAAAUAUAGGAGCUAUUGUAUUAUGCAUAUGUAUUAAAUGCAAAAUGAGAAAGCAUACUUUACACCAUCAUUCCAUAUCUACAGAUUUAAGACAACACAGAUGUGAAUGUAUAAAAAUUUUCUUUAAUGAUUAAACAAAUUCAUAUUUCUGGCUCAUGA